AUGCCCUUCCUCGCAUCAUCUUCUCCAGUAUGGCUCAGUGAUGAUGAUGAUGAUGAUGAUGACGACGUCGUCGUCGUCGACGGCAACAACGACGGCAACAGCGACGCCGCUGAGCUUCGCCCAACUUCAAUUCGGAACCUCGGUGGGACACAAAGCCGCCAUGCCCAGGCUGGCGAUGUGACAGACGGAAUUUAUCGCAAUAAUUUCAAUAGCUACAUUAUUGAGAGCGAUGGGGAACUAGCAGAUAGUGAUUAUGAUGAUAAUCAUAUUCAACCUUCAUCAUCCGAGGAGGAUGAUGUUGAAGAGCUAGACAGUGGUGAAGAAGAUGGAGACGAACACCCAGACACAAUUCAGGUUUGUCCCGGAUCGAAUAGUGAAUCCGUCCAAGACACUAUCGAAGAGUUCGAAGAGACGUUUGAGACGAGAAUCGAGGAUUUCAACGCGACUUUCGAAUACAAGAGAACUCGCUCACGAACUGACAAGCAGAGGUCUGAUCUUCUCGCUCCAACAUCAUCCUCACCAUUUUACGAUCUCCAUUUUGAUGAACACUUUACUCAAAACCUCAAGGCACUGGAAUCUCCAAGAGCAUUGAAACUUUUAUAUCCUCCAAAGUUCUCGGGGUCUUCUUAUGUCAAGCCUGACAUAUCUGAAGCAAAAGUCCUGGACGAAUUUAUUGAGAUGGGAGGUGUUUCAGACACUGAACCCGAUGAUCACUUUUUCGAAUUUGAUCUCUGGGACUUUCAUGUAUACCGAGCCCCUUACCAUUCAGGCUCUUUUGAGGGACAAUUCGACAGUCUGCAUAUUGUGGCAUCGGAGAUCAAUCAGGAUCUCAAAAGUCAAAAGCAAUGGUUUGUUGACGGAACGCUGGAGUGUAUGGGAAAACUACGACCGAUUUCAGAUGCCAGAAUCGUUGAUGUCAGCAUUGGACCUCUAGAUCAACCAGAAGAACAUGAAACACAAGUCUGGAUCAUGACGGAAGAGAGCCGAAAAGUGAACCACUGGUAUCGUCUGAAGGCGCCAUCUAAAGAAUACACCAAAAUGUGGUCAGACUUUAUAUGGCUGUCCAACCUCAACAAGUACGUCAUUGACUACCUCGAGAUCAACUCCGAAACUGGAGUCUCUCUUGCAGACUUCAAGGGAAAAUUUUGGGCGUGGCUGAAGAGCCUCCAUGGGGACAAUAUCUCAGCAUGGCACGACAAGUGCGGAAAUCGAACAGACUUCCGAAAAGAUCUUGCAGAUUACGGUCAGUUCUUCCGUAAUCAGACUUAUUCGCUUUGUGUUAACAGCAAUGAUAUGACCAAGAUGUCAUACCCCGUCUGGAGCGAAAUCGGCUGUGGGAAUAUUUCUCAAGACCAACAAGCAGCCUCGAAAUGGACCAAAACAUCGGUUACGCCAGAGGUUGCAACUUCCUUCUCGAAGUUCUGGAAGAACUUUGAUCUUCUCGAGCCUAUACAAUUCUGUCCCGCCAUCGAAAAUCAGCGAAAGCAGAAAAUAAUGGAGCGCAAUUUCCCAAGUAAGCUCGACGUCAACCAGAGCAAACAUUUCAUCAAGGUUAGGAACCAGCAAAUCCCAAGAUCAACUUGGAUUCUAGAAGAAGCGGCUAAGGAGAACCGCCCGGUUCGAAUUUUCGACACCGACGAAAUACGGGGAAAGGUUAUCAUCCUACGAUCCCAAUUGAAGACCGGCCAACACGAAUUUAACUAUGCAUGGGUUAGGUCGGUAUCAAGAGGAUAUUGCUAUGUUGUCUGGUUGGUUCUGCCAUCCGAUACUGCCUAUGGCUCACCAGACCGGGCAACUUUUUACCCUGUUGGAAAUGAGCUAUUCUUUUCUAACCAGUGUAACUGUGAAAAGGUCAGCCUCAAAGACAUUGUCAAAAUUAUCGAUGCCUCGGUCUUCAAAGAUCAUGCCGAGAAGCACGGAGCGUUAUUCGUCCAUAAUUUACUGUACUGUGAAGGGGAGGAAAUGUUCAUCGCGGUAUCCGAGAUAGAUCUUAUGCGAUGUCAGUGCAAGGCGGCUGCCAAGAAGAAACGAUGUUUACCCAGGAGCCAACCUAACCAUCGCAAUCAAAAGAUGCAGACUCUGUCCCUGUUUAGUGGGUGUGGCUUAUUGGAUUACGCCUUCGUUUCUCCCGGCCACGCCGAAACCAAGUUCGCCAUCGACCACUGGGAGACGGCCAUCCUAAGUCAUCGAGCGAACGACGAAGCUCAAAAGACACGACGCGAGAUCGGAUCAACGAGCGACUGUUUUGAAAAGUUCGCAUCCGGGGAGGGAAAUUUACCUGACAAUAUUGAUUGUGUCAUCGGCGGCUGCCCUUGCGAUGGCUACAGCCCGUUGAAUGCGCACAGAGAGACCCUGACCAGUCAGAAAAAUUGCUCGCUCUUAGCUAACAUGCUGUCCUGGAUCCAGAUGUUAAUGCCAACGUAUGUCCUUAUCGAGAACGUGCCGAAUAUGGACAAGGGUCGACCCAAUGCGUGUAGCCAAGCGAUUUGUUUCCUUGUGGCUCUGGGAUACCAAGUCCGCAAAUCUUUGGUGGUGGAUUCUGAGGUUGGCGGUGCGUCAUCUCGCCAGAGAUUGUUUAUCGUUGCUGCUGCCCCCGGCUUUAUUCUGCCAGAGGAACCUGAACGCACUCAUGGCCCAACAGGCUCGGGACUCCGCAAGAUACGUACAAUCAGGGAGACAAUCAGCGACCUUCCGCCACUACAUAACGACACCAUCAUCAACCCUGCCAAUCCAGACCACAUUCCCUUGAAACGAUUCAAAGUCGACUUUCAAAAUUUUGUUAACUUCCGUGGCGUGGUAAGCAGGAUUCCCACGAGGCCACCGAAUAUGUCGCUGAGUAAGACAUAUCGCGAUGGAGGACUGCUGCCUCAUGAGCGAUGCUGGUUCAGAACUCUGCACAAAUUUCAACAAACCAAGGGUUCCAAGUCUCUUACACGUGUCGAUCCAGACAAUCCUUUCCGGACUAUCUGUACUGUGAUAUCGCCUAUGGAUGCUGUGUAUAGCGGCAUCAUUCUACAUCCAUUCCAGCAUCGCACGCUCUCGCUUCUGGAGGCAAGCCGUGCGAUGGGCAAGCCGGAUUCGUUCAUCCUGGUUGGUACCGUCAGUGAGCAAUUCAAACAAUUGGGCAAUGCUGUUCCCUGGGCUCUUGGUGCCGCAUGGGGGAGAGUCUUCGGUCGGGCCUGGCAGGAGUCUCUUGAACGAAGAACAGAGGAUAAUACUUUCGCUGCCAUUCUCGCCGAGGUCAGGCAGGAAGCUAAAGAACAAGACGAAGCAGGGGAGAAAAUGUCGGCGAAGUCAACGAGUCGGGCUGGCAUGAAGCGGAGUCAACAAAUGCGCGUCUCAGAUAACGCUGACAGUGACUCAUCUAUUGAGGUGAUCAUUGAGUGUCCUGUGAAGAGAAAGUCUUAG